UCAAGCAGACUCUCUCUCUCUCUCUCUCGGGUAUUUUUCUCUGAAAUCUCCCAUUUUCACACUUAAAAACAGCUUUUCAAAGAGAAAAGAGAAAGAGAGAGCGUUAUGGGUUUCGUUAAGUUUCUUGUAUGAGAAAGAGUUCUGGAGGCUUUUUGCUUAAAGUCAGGGAAUCAGUCUGUUUCUUCUUAGCUUAGUACAGCCGCCAUGAAUGAUUAUGUUUCUGAUUGGAAUUUUGAGGGUGAUGUCCCCAUCUCCAAUCAAAAGAAAGCUAUGGGGCCAGACAAUGAGCUUAUAGAGCUGCUAUGGAGAAAUGGACAAGUAGUUUUCAACAGUCAAACACAUAGAAAACCAAGUGCCAAUGAGCCUAGACAAGUCCUCAAACCUGAUCAUCAAUCAUCAUUAAGAGGUAAUAACACCUCUUCGUAUGCGAAUUCAACUACUUUGAUUCAAGAUGAUGAGACUGUGUCAUGGAUCCAAUACCCACUUGAUGAUUCCUUUGAUAAAGAGUUCUGUUCCAAUUUUUUAUCCGAAUUGACAUCUGUCGAUCCUAUAGAGAUGGAUAAAUCAAUCAGGCAAGUUGAUGAUGAAAAUUUUCUUAAGUUUGGUGCUUCUGAUUCUACAAAGAUAAAGCAUCCGGUUGGUCCUGCAUUUACUGGAAAUUCUAUGCCCCCUCCGAAAAUGCAAAUUCCCAUUCAAUCGCAGCAUAAUAAUAAUAUAGGAGGUUUUGUAAAAUCAUCUCAUGUAGCAGUGCCGAUCAAGGGCGAGUCAAAUUCCCCUAGAGGACAAUUCAGAGGUAAAAUGUCAGGGAAUGUUAAGCAAGGAGAGCUUAGAGAGUGCUCGGUGAUGACACUUGGGUCAAGCCACUGUGGUAGCAAUCAAAUUCCAAAUGAUCUGGAUACUAGCCGAGCUUUGAGCAAUGGUUUUGGCACUAAUGGGUUAUCUGCUGGUCCUUUGCAAUACACAGCUAGGAAAGUAGUUCCUCAGAGUGACAGAGAGGAAGCAGAGACACUUGGGCCAGCUGUUACUUCAUCAUCGGGUGGAUCAGGUAGUAGUUUUGGGAAAACAGACAAUCAGUUUUCUGGGGUCAGCGGUCAGAAGAGGAAGGGCAGAGAUGCUGAAGAAUCAGAGUGCCAAAGCAAGGAUGCUGAGCUUGAAUCUGCUGCGGGAAACAAGUCUGCUCGUAAAUCAACAGCUGCACGCAGGAACCGGGCGGCUGAAGUGCAUAAUCUUUCAGAGAGAAGACGGAGGGAUAGGAUCAAUGAGAAAAUGAAGGCAUUGCAAGAGCUCAUACCACACUGUAACAAGACAGACAAAGCAUCAAUGCUAGACGAGGCCAUUGAAUACUUGAAGUCUCUUCAGUUGCAACUUCAGGUAAUGUGGAUGGCUAGCGGAAUGGCCCCAAUGGUUUUUCCAGGGGUUCAGCAUUAUCUUUCUCGUAUGAGUGUGGGAAUGGGGUCACCUCCUUUCCCAUCCAUGCAAAAUCCUCUACAUUUGUCUCGUGUUCCACUUGUUGAUCCUCAAUCCAUAUCCAUGGCUCCAGCACAAAACCAGGCUGCAAUGUGCCAAACUCCAUUGUUUAAUCCAGUUAACUGUCAACAUCAGAUGCAAAAUCCCUCUUUUCCAGACCAAUAUGCGCAGUUCAUGGCCUCCCACCACUUGCAGACCGCCUCUCAGCCCAUGAAUAUGGCGAGACCUAAUUCCCAACCAAUGCAACAAAGUCAAAUGAUGGCAGCACCGGGUGGCAGCAUUGGACCCUUUGACCGUGGAGUGGCAAAUGGCGACACCUCUCAUGCUGCAAUGUAGGUUAACCACGACGCAGUCAUAGUUAUCUAUAACUCAAUGGUCCCUAGACACAUAGAAAGAUGGGACCAUUACAACAUUGUUGAAGCCAUUAGGUUCUUCUUGGUGAGUCUUUGAACCAUCUUGAAUCUGUGACAGCGUACAAGCAAUGCCAAUGAAGACGACGUGUAUCUCUAAUUACGUAUAUAUAUCCAUGUAAAAGCAUUCUACUUUACUGAAACCCGGUGAUCGAUUCUUGAUUCAAAUGUUAUCGACACUGCAAGGAUGAAACAAGAGUACCAAUUCAGUUACUUGGAACUGUUUCUCUGUAUCUGCCAAAAUAAUGCAGCAUUUGCAGUUGUUUUCAUUAUCAUAUAAAUGAAUAACUACAUAUUCUUACUCUUGCCA